CGCCGAACCGAGCCGCACUGCUCUUUCGAGAAACCCUCGAUGCCGACGAACUACAACGAUCUGCGCGACGCGCUCAAGCAGGGCUUCGAGCGGGGCGCCUGCUCGUCGCUCACCUUCCGCCGCGCGCAGCUCGUUGCCCUCGUCGCCAUGCUUGAGGACCACAAAGACGAGGCGGUGGCUGCCCUCGCAUCCGACAUGGGCCGGCCGGCGGCCGAGGCGGGCGGCGAGGUUGCCGUCUCCAUCCGCGAGGCCAAGGACGCCGCGUCCUCUCUCGAGCGGUGGAGCGCGCCUGAGCCCAAGCCCGUGCACCUCAUGAUGCAGCCGUCGCAUGCAGCUGUCCGGCGGUCGCCAUACGGAGCAUGCCUGAUCAUCGGCCCGUACAACUAUCCGCUGAUGCUGUGCCUCGAGCCGCUCAUCGGCGCGAUUGCUGCCGGCAACGCGACGCUGCUCAAGCCGAGCGAGCUCACCCCUGCUACGGCCGCCUUUCUCGAGAAGCGGAUCCCGGCGUACCUCACAGCCGAGGCCUGCCGUGUGGUCACGGGAGGCGUCGAGGUGUCGCAGGCGCUGCUCGCGACGCAGUGGGACUUCAUCUACUUCACCGGCUCCCCGCGAGUCGGCCGCAUCGUCGCCAAGGCGGCCGCCGAGCACCUGACCCCCACCGCCCUCGAGCUCGGAGGCAAGGCGCCGGCGGUGGUGCUCAGCUCUGCAGACGUCGGCGAGGCGGCGCGGCGGAUCGUCAACGCCAAGGCGCUCAACGUCGGCCAGACCUGCAUCGCGCCAGACUACGUGCUGGUCGACCGCUCGCAGCACACGGCGCUGGUCGCGGCGCUCACCGCGGAGAUGAGAGCCAUGUUCGGCGACGAGCCGCACGCCUCGCCCGACCUCGGCCGGAUGUGCACCGUCGGCCAUUUUGACCGGAUGGCGAAGCUGCUCGCCGAGAGCGGCGGCACGCAGCGGCGGGUGGGCUCCGCGCCGCCGGACCGCGAGGGAAAGUACAUGCCGCUCACGCUCAUCGACUCGCCUCCGAGCGGCUCGCCGCUCCUCCGCGAAGAGAUCUUCGGCCCGCUGCUCCCCGUCGUCACCUUCGACUCGUUCGACGAGGCGGUCGAGACGAUCCGCGGGAUCGACUCGACGCCGCUCGCGCUCUACGUCUUCACGGCCGACACCGCCGCCGCCGAGUCGCUGCUGCAGCGCGUGCAGAGCGGCACCGCCGUCGUCAACGACUGCGUCCUGCAGCACAUGUGCCAUAGCCUGCCCUUUGGCGGCGUCGGCACUUCGGGCCACGGUGUGUGCCACGGCGAGUGGUCCUUCCAGACCUUCACCUUCCCGCGCUCCGUGCUGUGGCGGCACGCGAAGUUCGACGUCGACCAGACGGUGCCGGUGCCGGCGCGGCACGCCGCCGCCUCUGGCGGAGGCGCCCGGCGCGCCAAGCUGCUCGAGGCGCUCAUCUUGCACGGGCCGUACCUCUCGCUACCGGGCGGCCGCUCCUUGCUGCUCCUCCUUGCGGGGGCCGCUGCCUUUGUCGCGUCUCCGUACCUGGCGCUGGCGGCGCUGGCGGGUGCGGUGACGGUUGUUGUCGCGGGCCGCUAAGGCUGCUUGCUGCAUGCUGGGCGCGGCGUGGGAUUUGAUGGACCGGGACCGGGGGGGUGCCAGCCAGCCAGCGCGGACCGUGCCACGCGAAAUUCUGUGCCGACGGAGCGUGGCAAAUGCGGGUGUCGGGUGUCGGGUGAGUCGACUGUCAAACGCUGCUCGCCGCACGGCCGUCGCAGCAACACACACACGACACACCUCGUACACACCUCAGUGUCCUCCUCACCGCUCACGCGAUUGACGGACACUCGCGCCUGUAUGUAUUUUUUUGUAUUAUUGACUGUGAGGUGUGA